AUGAAGUUUCCCAUUCUCGCAAACAAAGGCUUUGUUGAAGCCAUUGGUAACACGCCAUUGAUAAAAUUGAACAAGAUCUCCAAAGAAUUGGGCAGAAAUAUCUAUGGCAAGGCUGAAUUCCAAAAUCCUGGAGGCUCCGUCAAGGAUCGUGCAGCUCUUUAUUUGAUUGAACAAGCCGAGAAGGCCGGAAAAAUCGACCCUACUCGCCCUGGAACUAUCUUGGAAGGAUCCGCAGGUAACACAGCUAUCGGAUUGGCGCAUAUAGCUAGGUCUAAGGGGUACAAGUCCAUCUUUUACAUGCCCAACACGCAAUCUGCUGCCAAAGUCAAUUUACUCAAGUACCUAGGUGCGGAGGUAUACCCAGUGCCAGUUUGCCCGAUUUCAGACCCAUUAAACUUCAACAACAGAGCAAGAGACCAUGCCAAGCGUCUGGAUAACGCUAUCUGGACGGACCAGUUCGAUAACCCAGCCAAUUGGGAGUCCCAUUAUGCCACUACGGGUCCUGAAAUUCUACAACAGCUCCAGAAUGCAGGACUUUCCUGCGACGCCUUUACUUGCUCUACAGGAACAGGCGGUACUUUCACCGGAGUCGCCAAAUAUUUAAAGGAAGCUACCAACAACAGGACCAAAAUUGUAGUUGCAGAUCCCCCUGGCUCUGUCAUUUAUUCCUUUGUAAAAACGGGUAAGCUAGAUCGCGAAGGUUCCUCAUUCACCGAGGGCAUCGGCCAGGGCCGCAUCACCGAAAACCUACGCUCUUCGAUUGGUCUUAUUGACGAUGCAUAUAGAAUUCCUGACGAAGAAAGCAUUGUUAUGUUGUUCAGGCUACUCGAUGAAGAAGGACUAUUUGUGGGAGGAACGUCAGGUCUUAAUGUCGUUGCUGCUUGCCAAGUGGCCAAAUCAUUGCCAGAAGGGAGCAACGUUGUCACAAUAUUAUGUGAUAGUGGUCACAAGUACGCUGAUAGGAUGUUUUCAAAGAAGUGGUUGAAAGAGAAGAAGUUGUACGAUUGUCUUCCAGAUUCAUUGAAGAAAUAUGCCAGUUUGGAAUGA